AUGCACGCAGCAGCCGUACAUCCGUUAAUCCCAAGCGACGUUCCACCACCGCAGGUCGGUGGCCCACGUCGUGCGAGUGCACCUAAUAAUACACGACGUUCAUCCCAAGUAUCGCCUGCCACCAUUUUAUCUCGUAACAAAUCCACCAAAUCGCUUCGUGAUCGUCGUCGUAGUUCUGGAGCCCUUUCAACACACACAGCUAUGCAAAAGUCCCGCAAAUGCAUUGGGGAAUACUAUGUUGGAAAAACUCUCGGCAAAGGUGCUUCCGGUCGUGUCAAAUUGGGUAUCCAUAGGCAUACUGGAGAGCAAGUUGCUAUCAAGAUCAUAAGCAAAUCUCACCUUGCUGCCAAUCCUGCCAUUGAAAAGGCUGUGCGACGAGAGAUAGCUCUCAUGAAACUAAUAACGCAUCCUAAUGUCAUGGGUCUGAUUGAUGUUAUUGACGAUGAAAACUCUCCCGAUUUGCACUUGGUUCUCGAGUAUGUCGAAGGUGGCGAGCUUUUCGAAUACCUGGUGAGCAAGGGUCGUCUUAGUGAAAAUGAAGCCCGCCGUCAUUUCCAGCACAUCAUUAUGGGCCUUGACUAUUGCCAUCAUCACCUCAUUUGCCAUCGUGAUUUGAAGCCCGAAAACCUGCUUCUUGAUCGUAGCAAUAACAUCAAGAUUGCCGAUUUCGGCAUGGCAUCAUUGCAACCUGCAGGAUCCAUGUUGGAAACCAGCUGCGGGUCGCCUCAUUAUGCAAGCCCUGAGAUUGUUGCUGGCAUGCCCUAUAACGGUGCUGCAUCUGACAUUUGGUCAUGCGGUGUGAUUUUGUAUGCACUGCUCACAGGGCAUCUUCCAUUUGAUGAUGACAAUAUCCGCCAAUUGCUGAAAAAGGUCAAAGCAGGCAAGUAUGUUAUGCCCGACAACAUUUCACGUAACGCCCAAGACCUUAUUCGCCGCAUUUUGGUGGUCGACCCCAACAAGCGCUUGAGUAUGAAGCAAAUCAUGGCACAUCCUUGGUUCCGUGAGACGCCUAUCAACAUGGCACGAUUCCCUAUCCCACCUUCACCUGCUGAAAUUGGGCAACCCAUCAGCGACCCAUCCGAAAUUGAUGAUCGUAUUGUUGAAACCAUCAAGUUCUUGUGGGGUGAAUCAAGUGCAGAUCCUAUCAUUUCGGCGUUGGUUAGCAACGAACCCAAUAUGCAAAAGGUGGUUUAUGUCUUAUUGCAACAACAUGCAGAGAAAUACUGGCAAAUGGAGCAUGACGACGACGACGAUGUUAUGGCUGAUGGCGAAAUGCGAUACCGUGAUGUGCGUCUCAAUUCUACGGGUGGUAAUACUACAGCCAAUCGUCGUCAUCGCAGCGUAGCACAUCGUUCUGAACGUGAUCGUCGAUGUAUGUCAAUGACAGACCAAACGAGAAGAAGCUCCCAUCAUCGACCUACAGUCCCAUGGAUGCCUGAACAACCAUCUCCUCGUCGUUAUUCAGCUGUAAGCAUGCGUGUUAAAAACACCGACUAUCUCAUGCAACAGGAGCAACAGCAACAUAUGGUUCCACCAGUGCCUGUAAGCCCCGCUGUGCCAGUGCAUAAUGAAAACGAGCGCAUGAAAAAGAGCCAAACCUUCUAUGAUCGAUUUGUGCGUGGUGUGCUUCUACCAGGCUCUCGACGAUCAAGCAAAGACAGGGGUCAACCAACAUCACCUCCUCCACCACCCCCUCCUCAUGCAUCUGAGCUUAAUGCACCAUCAUCAACUUUGACUGGUACACUACGACGCAAGAAUCCAUUUGCUAGGUCAUCGGAACAACGUGCAUCCAAGACUCCUUCAAUACCACCAAAGUCCACUUUACGUGGUGGUCUUUUGCAACGUAACAAGAUCGAUCCUAGCCCUGCUACCAACGCCCAUGAUAACAAGCCAUCUACAACAACAACGAAUAACAACACCAAGCGCCUUUCUAUUCGUAUUCCUAAUAACAAUGAUACCAAGAAAUUUGGUGGCGUGUUUACAUUGACCAGCAACAGCCGUCGUCAACGCAAGCAGCUGGAUAUGAGUGCGUUUGAGCAACAACAACAACAACAACAACAACAACAGCUACCUAUUAUUGCACCCACAGUGCCACCUGGUCUCUCUGAUGGAAGCACUCUUAGCAGCAGCAGUAGCAGUAGCAGCAGUGACGAAAGCACAAACAAGCAUCACGCUGUUAAAACAUCACUCAACUCUCCCAAUCCACUGCUUACGCCACCACCUUCAGCCAAAGUGGAUGAAUUGCGUCGAGGAAGCCAAGCAUCUUUCCAAUCUUAUGAUCGUCGUGGUAGUGAUCAGCGUCCUCUCACUCCAAGCUUGCUUUCGAACAGCUCCACAAUCACUACUUCACCUAGUGGUACAUGUACUCCUUCUUCACCUGCUGUUGUUACCAUUGCAUCCAAUAACAAGGCUUCUUGGAUCACCCACUUGUUCCAUUUCAAGCAACCCAAGGUGUGCUCAAUCACUCUUUGUGAGACUCGGAUGUCCGACCUUUUGCGCAAAUUACAUUCAACAUUGAACAAGGUGGCCGAAGCACGAUUAUAUGAGAAGACCGAUAAAUAUGGUGCACGCUACAAAGUAGAGAUCAAGCAAAAAACAGGUGGCAAGGUACGCCAAGUCAAAUGCCGCAUGGAUUUCAUCCCUUCAUCUGUACAAGAGACUCGUGUGCAAUUUACCCAACAACAAGGUGAUGCCCUCUUCCUCGCUUCCAUCUUGCGACAAGUACAGGAAUGUCUUGAAAAUGAUACAUCAUCAUCAUCACCAGCAGCAGCAGAAGUACACAAUGACUCCAAUGCAGCUCAAGUUGUGAGCUUUUGA